UAUAUCCGCUCUCCCCGGACCCCGCAUUCACUAUAUCCGCUCUCCCCGGACCCCGCAUUCACUAUUUUCACCCCCCCCCCCCCCCUUCCGGACCCCGCAUUCACUAUAUCCGCUCUCCCCGGACCCAGUAUUCACUAUAUCCGCUCUCCCUGGACCCGGCAUUCACUAUAUCCGCUCUCCCCGGACCCUGCAUUCACUAUAUCCGCUCUCCCUGGACCCGGCAUUCACUAUAUCCGCUCUCCCCGGACCCCGCAUUCACUAUAUCCGCUCUCCCCGGACCCUGCAUUCACUAUAUCCGCUCUCCCCGGACCGGCAUUCACUAUAUCCGCUCUCCCCGGACCCGGCAUUCACUAUAUCCGCUCUCCCCGGACCCGGCAUUCACUAUAUCCGCUCUCCCCGGACCCGGCAUUCACUAUAUCCGCUCUCCCCGGACCCGGCAUUCACUAUAUCCGCUCUCCCCGGACCCGGCAUUCACUAUAUCCGCUCUCCCCGGACCCGGCAUUCACUAUAUCCGCUCUCCCCGGACCCGGCAUUCACUAUAUCCGCUCUCCCCGGACCCGGCAUUCACUAUAUCCGCUCUCCCCGGACCCGGCAUUCACUAUAUCCGCUCUCCCCGGACCCGGCAUUCACUAUAUCCGCUCUCCCGGACCCGGCAUUCACUAUAUCCGCUCUCCCCGGACCCGGCAUUCACUAUAUCCGCUCUCCCCGGACCCGGCAUUCACUAUAUCCGCUCUCCCCGGACCCGGCAUUCACUAUAUCCGCUCUCCCCGGACCCGGCAUUCACUAUAUCCGCUCUCCCCGGACCCGGCAUUCACUAUAUCCGCUCUCCCCGGACCCGGCAUUCACUAUAUCCGCUCUCCCCGGACCCGGCAUUCACUAUAUCCGCUCUCCCCGGACCCGGCAUUCACUAUAUCUGGUCUCCCCGGACCCUGCAUUCACUAUAUCCGCUCUCCCCGGACCCGGCAUUCACUAUAU